AUCUAGCAUCAGCCGUGUUCAAUCCACUGCUGGAUGAAAGCCUCCCCAAGCCGCUGCCUUCACUCACGGUCCUAAGAUCCAUCUAGUAACUCGUUCCUGCACGGGAGCCGAUUCAAUCGCUCCCUCUGCACCGUGGACAUCCUCUCACCGACGCCACCAGUGUUGGUCACGACCACCGAACACCGUUUCAAGUGUACCGCCCAAGCACACACUGCGUUACAUCAAAUAGUAGUGUCUGGGUCGUACGUGAAAUCAUAAUUUUCUGAUGUGCAGCGCUUUGGCGGUUGUAAGAGUUCAUAGUUCCAUUUAUUUGGUAUAGCCCUGUGAGCCAUUCGGCUCUUGAAUCGGGUGCAACCGCAACAAACAAAAAAACAUGAAGAGAACGCGUACGAAUCUCUUUGAGCAUCUGGUUGUUGUGGUUGCAUGACAGGCCUCGCCUCUUGGGAGCGGCCCGUCCUAACCGACUCUCUCCCCGACUUGGCCCUGCUGGCGUUUUGCAGACAGGGGUGUGACGAUGCAAGCGUGCAUUAUUUACAAUGAGACGGCCACUUCGAUAAGCGGGGAUGUCGUGAGCCCCCCACCCCCUCCCAUCUGUAUAAGCGGUGGUGGACGCGGUGAUCCGUUUGAGGUGACCGCCGCUUGCUGGAUGAACAUCGUCCCAGGGAUUAGCAGCAGACGGGAAAGUCUUGGAAUCGCGUGGCUAAAUAGCGCCAGCAAUCUCCGCCUGCCCCGAACGCGGACUGUGCUCACGCGGACCGAAGGGCCGCGUGUGGCUGUUGAGGCCGCGAGGUGGCAGCGCCGGACCUCGGCUUAACCUUGUCGUGCAACAAACAUGACGACGAGAAUGACAACAAAAACUCCGAAGGAAGCAGCAGUAACCAGGCCGCGCUGUGUGUGGCCCCGUGGGUUGCUCGGAGAGACCGAGGUUUUGUCCUGGCAAGUGAGUGCACGUGUUCCUAGCGCAGGGCUGAGUGCGCACGCACGUGGGCAGCUGUCGCUGCGCGUCGUUCCGUUCGGGUUGUGGCAGCUCGACGAGGGACAUCACGCCAAGCAGCCCGUUCGGCGACAGCGGUUCUCCAAGUAAAUCCGUGCCCUCGUUUAGAGGAGUCGCCCUCGUGGGAAGCUUAAACUAUUAACGAAGCCAAUAACUCUGCUGGGUCUGGGCCCGGGACUCUGAAUUUGCAAUUUCCCCGAACACUGAACACUGAUGUCGUCCAGACUGUGCCACUCUCCGGAUUUGGAGGGUGUCUCGAUCACUCGCCUCGAUCACUCUCACGCGGGUCACUACGGCACGACCAUCACGUAUCAUGAAAUAGAGUUAAUAAAUAUUUUUCCAAACAUUCUAAUAAAACAUUUAAGGUCACCGUCGCAUAAGUGGAGCGAAUUUAGUUUUAACCCAGACCAAUUCUCCCCCACCAGAAUUGGGCGCGGGUGGUAGAGUCCGCCUAUAAAGGAGGCGGCCCCACGCGCUCUCGCAGUGAGAUCGCGGCGGUCGCCACGGGGACAGCGGCAGCAGCAACAUCGGCGGCGGUGGCCAUGGACGCGUGAUUUGACUGCCAUUUGCUGCCUGGGCCAUUUGUUUUGGAUUGCGACGUUGCCAUGGUGACGCUCAUCACGGAGAAGCUGAAGAGCCAGGCCCUGGAGGACUCUUCCCGCCAGAGCACAGGCCUGUAUCCCGCACAGAAGUUGACCCGGGGCCCCGCGUGGUUCCUGUAUGACUUUGCUGGAAAAAACAAAGGGAAGACCUCUAUAUGGAACAUGUUCUCUCAGACGUGCCCCAUCAAAAUCCGGCCCAAGCCCAGCGUGGCCAUGACAGCGGCGCCCGGCACCGGCCCAGGCUCGGCGGCCAACGGGGGCGGCCGCCACUCGUCUCCCCGGCACGGUGCCAACGCCGGCGCUGGACCCAACGGCGCCGCCGCGACCUCCUCCUCCGCCGUUGUCACGGGUCUCAUCCGAGAGCUCAACAUCAACGAGACGCUGGUGGGGGGUGGCGGCGGCGGCAGCCCGCUGACGCCGCCCAGCAAGCGCCACUGCCGCUCCCUGUCGGUGCCCGAGGAGCUGUCGCGCUGCCGCUCGCCCUGGAAGCCCGGCUCCAAGAUCUGGACGCCGGUCACCAAGCGACGGUGCCACAGCGGGGGCAGUGCCACCCUACAGCGCUGCAAUAGCCAGGGCAGCGCCGCCGCCAGCAUGGUGCAGAGGCCCUUCCUGGGCUGCGGCGCCAGCUCGGCCUACUUCAAGCCGACGGUGACGUACGCGGGCUCCGGCUGCUGCCUGGCGAAGGCGUCUAACAGCCGCGCCACCGCGGUCUCGCAGGCGUCCGGCGUUGGCUGCGGGGCGCCGUUUCAGGGUUGGGGCAGCGUCGGCGGCGCCGGCGGCUUCCCCUGCUUCCCGGCGCCGGUGACCCCUCCGGAGUCGCCCGUGCCGCGGCCCGCGUCGGCCAGCGCCGGCUGGGGCCUGAGCGGCCACAUGGAUGAGCGCAGCUGCACCCCGUGGGGCCAGUGUCUCUGGGCGCCGGCGUCCGCCCCGCUCGGCUCCAGUUCCGCUGCCGAAUCGCAGGCGGCGGCGGUGGCGGCAGAGGCCGGUCCUGGCGCCGGUCCCCCGUUCCACCUGCUGGAGGCGCGGCGCCGACUAUCUCUUUCGCAGGAGCGCAUCACGGAGUCGGGCCGGGCGCUGCUUUGGGGUCACGCCGGCGGCACGCCGGAGACCGGCAGGCGGGCGGCGCCCACACACGUGACCACCGCCGGCACCGGGCACAGCAGGCUGCCCCGGUGCCGCUCGCAGCCGUGCGUCUCCAACGAACGCAAGUCGGGGCUCAAGCGGCGGCGAGACGACGACGUGCGGUGGAUCCGACCCUCGCUGGACUUCCUCAAGAUGACGUCGCAGACGCUGAAGAACUCCCAGAGCUUGUGCUCGCUCGAUGACGAGAUGGAGGCCGCGAGCCCAGCGCUGGAGACCAUUGUCUCCCCCAGCGAGGGUGAGGGCCACCUCGCCGCCGCGUACGCGCGGGCGGCGCGCAGCAGCAGCAGCAGCAGCACCGGCAGCGACGAGGAUGACGACGAGGAGGCGGAGGACGUCAGGAAAGAGAAGAGCGACGGCGGAGGAGGUGUCUUCCACCUGGACUGCGAUGAGCUGGACGUGGAUGAAAUCGAGAAGAACUGAGGGUUGAGAAGGGCGGGGGGGGGGAAGAGGAAACAUGGACCGAGAGCUGGAGGGGCACGUGGGAGGGCAGCCGCGGAACUCACCGAGAUGCUGGUGACGAGCUCCGGCGGUGUCCGGCCCGGUCCCUGCCAGGUCGCGGUGUGGCGGUGGCUGCCCCCCCCCCCCCCCCGCCCGCCCACCCGAGGCUUUUGAUGCGUCCGUCUUCAAAUAUCGUGCGCAGUUUCAUUCGAGUGGCUUUUGAUGAACGCAUCUUCCGCUGACACUGUUUGAUGCAUCACGACGGCCAGCGCCUCCCUCCGAGCCGCCCACGUGCGUUCGCCGAUCGCCAUGCGCGGUGACGAGCGAGCGGCGUUCCUCACUGCCCUCGUGCGCCCGGCCGGAUGGCGUGGCUCGUUUUGAACCCUCUGGUGUGCGGAUCGAACGGAUGAACCCGCUCGUGUUAAACUCCGUGGCCCCGCCGGCCGUUGGAACUGACGUCAUCUGCGGCAGCGCGACGGCACACGAGGUGGGGGGGGGGGAGAGGGGGGAGAGGGGGGAGGAGUCUUUCUCAGGGGCGUGAAUUGAAAGGGGCUUUAAUGUUUUUUUUCUCUCCCAAAUUUUCUUCUGGACCUGCAAUCCCUCGCGUUCUAUAAUGCGGCCUGCGUCCAUGACGUCCGCUGUAUUUCAGCAACUACACUUGGAGGCGUAAACAAAAAAAACAUUUGCAGAGGCUGAAAGGUUUUCCUUUUUUUUUUUGUCCAAGAAAAUGUCACCUCAUCAUGUUUAAGUUUUAAGCUUCUAGACGUAAAAAAAAUGCCCAGGCAACACGCGUAAACGCACGCACGCACGCGUGUACGUGUGUGUGGUUUGCAGUAAGCGCAUGGGGUUUGGGCAACUUGCGACGAAGCAGGUGGAAAGCAAUAAGCGCCUCUGAAUUUGCACUAAACACCCUUACCAAGCAUCGGGCGUGGCGAGUCUGUUCCACAACACAAGCGUGACACAAAACGCGGGGGAGGGAGGGAGGGAGAUGCCUUUUGGCCACACACGGGAUUCCAGAACAAGGAACAGACAAUGUGCUCUUCCCAGACUGUUUCCAGCAAAAUCCCACACACCACCAGCAUUGGGUGACCAGCCUCGCCACUUCCCUCUUCGGGGAGGUCAGGAGAUAGGAGAUGAUGGGGGAGAUGAUUGGGGUGGUAAGUGCUUGGUCGGCUUGUGAGAUGAUAGCACUGGUAGGUGGGAGAUGAUUUUGUGGGAUUGUUGUGGGGUUCAGAGAUGAUGAGAGGUGGUGCUGUAGAAGUAGGAGAUCCAGAGCUCCAAUUAACAGAUGAACAACGGAUGGUCUCGCGCCAAGGCUGUGAUGUUUCGAUUUUUAUUCAGGGACAUGCACAGCUAAUCCUGGCCCCACCAUGGGUGUCAUUGCCGCAUUAAAGCUGCUGGCGCUGAACGAAAGGGGUUUAUUCAGGGGCCUGUGGGGGCCCUAAGUGUCCCUGCAUGCGGAAGGGUGGAGGGGUUCCUUUGUUGAUGACUGCGGCCAGGGGUCCCUCCGAAAGACUCUCGGGUGAGAAUGAAAUUGGUGAGCGUUGAAGAGCAGGAAGGAUCCAGUGAAGCACUUGUCAGAAUUUGUACGUUUCAUUUUUUCGUUCCGGCACCGCUUUGCAGUCAUGUGACCACCCAACAGGGAGUUCCCUCAGGAGUCCCAAGAGCCGGGCAUGGCUAGAGCACCCCCCCCCCCCCACGGCUCCACCCCUCUGUGGGACGGCUCCAAUCUGGGAGCUGCUGCUGCAGUCUUUGCUACUACUGCUGGCGAUUGAGCGACUGCUGCUUCCCAAAAACCGCUGCCGGUGUUCAACCUUGUUACGAGAAACCGAGCACUUGAGAAGCACCGGACACCCCCCCCCCCCCCCAUCUAGGCUACUUUGUAAGUGCUUCUCGGCAGCGGUCCAACUUUUCAAACGUCUCGUUUUUCUUGUCUCGCCGUUCAAAGUUCCCCUUGGUCGUUCUUUGCUGCGUCCCCGUAUCCGUUUUGGCCAUUUUUUAAGCUUGCGUUUUCAGAGCUGUGCUCCUCGUCUCUUGGUUGUGCGGGGGGAGCGGAGGCAAAACCUCGCUCUAUUGCCUUUUCUGUCUUGGUCCAGUGAGCUGUUCCAUAAUCCGCACUCGGAGAGGUUGACAAAGUUUACGACGCUCGAUUAAUCCUCGCUUGGUUUUGUUUCUCCGUUCACUCCGUGCGUGGGAGCUUGACGACGGACGCAGCUCCAGUUAGGUGUUCUCAUUCAGGACAAUCUCUCGAUGUCGCCCCCUUUGGAGUCGCAUGGCUCAUAGUGUGGUCUCUAACUCGAUUGAUCAUAGUCCAGACGCUCUCAGGUUGUUUUUACUUGUGGAUUUGUGCGAUUUCUGUGUGUGUAAUCUGUGUGCAUCAGCACGUGUGUGUGUGUGUGUGCGCAUGUCAGCGUGUUGACUCUGACUGUACUUGUCCCGUCUACACCCUUACGAUUGAAGCUUUCGAGUGUUGCUUGAAAAUUGUAUAUUCUGUACAGACAUUUUUGUAGGAAGAAUUAACUUGUGUGGUCUUUCAAAGUAAUCACUGUUUACUGACCCCCCCUUCCCCCUUGUUACUGGAGUAGAUUUUUCCUUUCUCCGUUGCACAGUUCUCAAAGGCCAGUAUAACGCCCCCGUGGCUGGGCGUGAUGAGAGUGGCGGGCGAGUAUACGUAACCCGCGGUGCGCGCUGGCACCGCCACGUAGACUCCCAUCUCUAACACAGAUAAUCUCCGCUGCCUGUUCGUGUUCUUAAGACAGGAGGUGAGCAGAAUGCUGAAUUUCAAAAUAUAUAAAUAUAUAUUUUCUAAAGUGUCUUGUAAAUAAGGGGUGGGACUGCGGGUGGAGGGGUGUGCGCACCGCUCGGCGGAGGAAGUUGUCGCCCUCAUUCCUGUCUGGGCUCGGCUUCGAACUUCGGCACCGGGCCGCAGGAAACGGUCGCUGGAGAAGCGACACUUCGGCAAGUUGCCUCGAGCCGAAAGCGUCGCCGGGACGGUCGCUCUCCCAUCGCCCCGACGACGACGACGACGAUGCCCUUCUUGGUUCGUGUUGCCGAGACGCGUCGGGCGACAACGCGGAGAAGGGGGCGAACUCCUCGGGGCUAAGACCUCGCUUUGCGCAAAUUGCCGAGCAAAGGCCGGCUUGGGAGCUGCGCCCGCGUUUGACGCCCGACGCACGAGUCUACCCCCCCCCCCGCGCUGCACGCGGACGGCAGCGUCUUGAAGGCAGAGCUGUUCACGCAACGUUGGACGACCAUGUCGAUUGAACAAUUUUCUGUCGCUUCAGGGUAAUGUGACACAAGCCAAUUGUGAGACGGCGUGCGUAUCUGCUGCUCGUGCAGCCCGGAUGCCAAACGCAGCGAUUGAUUGGAAUCUCCGAACAGCUCAUUUCCAGGCCUUUUUGGACCCAAUGCACAGCAGCGGGGGGGGGGGGGGGGGCAAAUGCUGCUCGCUUCCAAAUGUUGUGUUGCCGUGUUAACGUCGGCGAGACCCUCCGGGGAGACUCUGUUGGUCACGUGGGCUGUGGAGAGAAAGCAGUGUGGAGUUUGCAGUUGCAAAAAUUGCAUGACGUCAGUGGCGAUAUAAUAACCAUCGGCGUGGUGUCCCCUCAUUGUUGCCCCAUGCUGUUGGAGCGGCUGGGGAGGCACCAGAUUUUAAUUGAGAAUGUUAUCGCUAGAUGUGUGACGAUUCAAGGAUUGAUGAAUUAUCUCAGCUCUAAGUCGUAAUUGGAUCCAGUAAUAAAUGACGGGAGCCCCCCCCCCCGCUAUACGUAAUUAAUGCGUUCCUGGGAAAUGCGACUUGAUUCGAAAUUACUUAAAGCGAACUCUAAUUUCCGACACACGUUAAAAUGUUAAACUCGGGGCUUGCGUUCCUAUCCCAGAAUUCUGGAGGAAAACAAAUGCGCGAGCUGAUGUCGUGAAGUGAACAAACAUGCACAUGAUUAUUGUGAGUUAACAUACGCGUUCACUCAUAAUAAAUACAAAUAAGUGGAUGCAACUUGGGGUGAGCAGUGGUGGAGCUAUGUCGAUGCAUAAGAGGCAGGAGCAACCUUGCCUUUUCAUCUGACUAAGCUGGAGCCCCAGCAAUGUUCACCAGAGCCACAGUAAUGUUCACCAGAGCCACAGUAAUGUUCACCAGAGCCACAGUAAUGUUCACCAGAGCCCCAGUAAUGUUCACCAGAGCCACAGUAAUGUUCACCAGAGGAAGCUGGGUGUCUUCUGGGCUCUUCACCAGACUUUCCUGGCUUGGCUGGUGAACAUUUAUAAUAUUCUGUCGUACGACACCUGAACAGCAUUUUUAUUUUUCUGCUGGUACAGCUCCAUAUAGCAGUGAAUGCCAGCGAGUAUUUGUUGUGUUGGUGGUUAUAUCGGUUCAUUAGCCUCUUCCUCAGCUCGUUCCAGCUGCUUCAGAUCGUCAUUUGUCAGGGCCCUCACAAAAGUAAUAAAAAAGAUGUUAAUGUACUGGGGCAGCCAAUGGUCAAUGGGCAGACAUCACCGUACCGAUUAAAAAAUCGCCUCUGCUCGAUCACUGAUCGAUCACAUCAGACAUACGAAUCGUUUUGCUGCUGAAAAAUCGGUAUCGUUUCUGACGAUUCCCGUAUCAGUAUCCCUUAUUUUGGCAAGAACACACCCCCAUUAAAACCAUAUUUGAGCAAAUUUCUCCAUAUAUUGUCCUGAAAAUGAACCAUCUAUAUUCUUUGGGUCUUUCGGUAAAGUCACGUAGAUAGGUACAAAUUCAUAAUAAAUAUAAAAUAAACAAAAAUCUAUGACGUUUCCAUCACAACACAACGAUCGCUUGUGUUGUGGUCGAAAUGUCGUAGUUUCUAUUUUAUUUUUAUUAAUUAGAACCUAUACAUGACUUUACCGAAAGACCUAAAGAAUAUGAAUUCCUGCAGUCACGAAAGCUUUAAGUCAAGUUUGAACCAUCGUUGAUUCUCGCGCAUGUGGGAAACAAACCUAUAAGAAAAUUUUGUCGCUUAAUUCAUAGGCAACGUAUAUGCGAAACAACGCAUAAUGCAGCAACGUAUAGCGGGGGAAUGCAUUAUUAUUUUACCCUCUUGUGGUGAAUGUAGCGGCCUCCAGUGUACACACAAGGUGUGCGAAGCGACAAUGGUGUCCACCCGAUUAGAUGAAUUGUUCACCCCAACUCGGGAGGAAUCGUGGACGACGCCAGUGACGGCCCACACCUCGCUCUCACGCCCCCCCCCCCCCCCCCCCGGGGCUCGGUACCUGCACACUGCUUGAUCGUAACGCCCAUCCGGCCUCCAAACUCCCCCCUUCCCCAACUCGUGGAGUGAGGGUGGCGAGAUGGAUCACAGCUCCCGUGUGGUCCGCUCCCCAAGUGGCUCUCCCCCCUGGUUGGCGCCUGUCGGCCUCUACCAAUCUGGAACACGCCGAGGACCCCGCCUGAGGGGAACAGGUUUUCUGGUCGAUGCACAACCGCGUCUUGUUACUGGUUCCUAGAAUCUGAACUGCACCAGAGGUUCCCUCGAGCCCCAUUACAGAAUGAGCUGCUGCGUCUCCCUUCUUCUGCUAUCCACAAGCCCGACUUGGGCCCCUCUGCUGUGUGAUGUACGGGGCAAUUCGCCCACUCACCGCCCACUUUAGAAUCGCCACUGCCUAGAGUGAGUGAGGAGAAGGCUUGCGUUGGGGGCCCCGUGCUGAGCGUGGUCGUGCGUUUCGUGGCCUCUGUGCCUUUUCGGGCCCAUGGCCCAGGGCUGCUCCGUUUUGUAUUUGAGCGCAGCGGCUGCUGCUGCCGCCGGUGCUGCUGUCUCCAUGCCGGGGUUUGCUCUCUCGUGAGAGCCGCCUGCUGCUGCUGCUGCAUCCACAGAGUGAGCGAUUGAAAGUCGGUGUGGCUCCAAUAAAUUCAAAAGUGGCCUAAA